AUGUGGCAUCCCUGCGGAUUGUCCUAUGUUUUCAUAGCCACCCUUCUGGGAGCAGCUCUAUGGAGCUCGACUGCAACUGCUGAGUUCGACUUCCCUUCUGCGAAUCUGAGGUCGAUUCGGCAUCAUCUUGCCCGCAUGGGCGAGUUCUUUCCUGUGAACCGGCCUGGCGAAGCUGAAGAAGGCUUCGGCGGUUCUCCCUCGGAUGGCUCAGAAGGCGGAUCAAUUUCAAAGUUUUCACUGUCCAACAUGCCUUCUCUUCUGGGUGCCGUAUACCUCUUUUCAGCCGUUUGCUUCAUUUUGUGCCUUAGAGGUUUGAGCACUCCUGAGACGGCCAUGCGCGGAAACAUACUUGGUCUUGUAGGCAUGGUGGCUGCAGUUGUUGUUACUUUCACGGAGGCAGGUUUUGGCCAUCACUACCUGGUGUUCUUCCUGACGGCGCUACCUGCUAUUGGAUUGGGCCUGUACAUCGCCAAGUGUGUGAAUAUGACUGAUAUGCCUCAACUGGUGGCUUUGUUCCACAGCUUUGUGGGUCUUGCUGCAGUCAUGGUUGGGUUUGCAAGUUUCCACUCUCCUCCGGGCUCCGGACGCCCUUCAUCACUCCUUCGCCUUCUAGAAAUCUACAUUGGUGUUUUCGUUGCCGGUGUUACUUUCACAGGAUCCAUCGUUGCUGCUGCCAAGCUGCAUGGUUCAAUGGAGAGCCGCCCGCUGAAGGUUCCUGGACGGCAUGCACUGAAUUCCGCCACUGUAGUUGCCGUUGCCGUUCUUGGAGCACUUUUCUGCGUGUCCCCUGGCCACCUCACCCGGAUGCUGUACCUCUACGUGAACGCUGGGCUAAGCAUGUGGCUUGGCUUUCACCUGGUUGCGGCUAUUGGUGGUGCCGAUAUGCCAGUCGUCAUAAGUUUGCUUAACUCAUACUCCGGCGUGGCGUUAGCUGCCAGCGGAUUCAUGUUGGACAACAACCUUUUGCUUAUCGCGGGUGCUCUCAUCGCUUCCUCUGGCGCUAUUCUGUCGUACAUCAUGUGCAAGGGAAUGAACCGAAGCCUAUGGAACGUCAUUCUUGGGGGAUUUGAGGAAACUGAGGAAGUAGACGCCGCUAGGCCCCAGGGUGCAGUCCAGCAGGCUACGCCUGAGCAAGUUGCUGAUGAGCUCCUGGCAGCCCGCAAGGUUCUGAUCGUGCCAGGAUACGGUAUGGCUGUCGCACGGUGCCAGAGCGAGCUUGCCGAUAUUGCAAAGAACCUAAUGACGUGCGGCAUCUCCGUUGAUUUUGGCAUCCAUCCAGUCGCUGGUCGCAUGCCAGGCCACAUGAAUGUUUUGUUGGCUGAGGCCGACGUGCCCUAUAAGAUUGUUAAAGAGAUGUCUGAAAUCAAUCCUGAAAUUAGUUCCUAUGACGUUGUUCUCGUUGUUGGUGCCAACGACACCGUCAAUCCAGCUGCGCUUGAACAAGGAUCAAAGAUAUCGGGAAUGCCGGUGAUUGAGGCAUGGAAGGCGAAACGCGUUUUUGUUCUCAAACGCUCAAUGGCGGCGGGCUACGCUAGCAUUGAGAACCCUCUCUUCCACUUGGAGAAUACUCGAAUGGUCUUUGGGAAUGCAAAAAAUACAACUUCCUCCGUGUUCGCCUGCAUCAAUGCUAAAUCUGAGCAACUCCCACCCUCUGCAUCCCGCGACGACCUUGAAGCAGGGCUUCUCGAGUUCGAGAGAGAUGAACAUGUUGAUCCCUCCUCAUUUCCAUACCCCAGACUCUCUAUUGGCGUUAUGAAAGAUGCCAAUGGCUCAAGUAUGGUUCCCAUUGCGCCAAAGUUUGUCUCCAAGCUGAGGCGGAUGGCAUUCCGGGUACUGAUUGAAUCUGGAGCUGGCACUGAUGCUGGCUUUCCCGAUGAAGCUUAUCAACAAGUUGGUGCGGAGAUUGCAAGCAGCGCUGAAGAUGUUAUUCGGGGCGCUGAAGUUUUAAUUCGUGUUUCGCCCCCCUCUCCUGAGAUUGUUUCUCGGCUGCCUCGAGAUAAGGUUCUUAUCAGCAACCUGUUCCCCAGCCUGAACACUGAAAUACUGAAAAUGCUGGCCCAUCAAGGAGUCACUGCUCUUGCUGUGGAUGAAGUGCCUCGUGUAACAAGAGCACAAAAGCUGGAUGUGAAAUCUGCGAUGCAAGGCUUACAAGGAUACCGCGCUGUUAUAGAGGCAUUCAAUGCUUUGCCGAAGUUGAGCAAGGCAUCCAUUAGCGCUGCAGGGCGAGUUGAGGCUGCCAAAGUUUUUGUCAUCGGUGCUGGCGUUGCUGGGCUACAAGCCAUCUCAACUGCUCAUGGAUUGGGCGCACAAGUUUUCGCUCAUGAUGUGCGUUCCGCAACUCGGGAGGAAGUCGAGUCAUGCGGAGGAAAGUUCAUUGGAUUAAGAAUGGGAGAGGAAGGAGAAGUGCAUGGUGGCUAUGCACGCGAAAUGGGAGAGGCAUUUCAGAGAGCUCAACGCGACAUGGUCGCAAACACGAUCAAACACUGCGACGUCGUUAUCUGCACCGCUGCCAUCCAUGGCAAGCCAUCUCCGAAACUGAUUUCACGAGAAAUGCUGCGCACGAUGAAGCCCGGUUCCGUGGUUGUGGAUCUUGCAACUGAAUUCGGUGAUACUAGUGCCGGCUGGGGAGGGAACGUUGAAGUAUCACCAAAGGAUGACCAGAUCGUGGUCGAUGGAAUCACUGUCAUUGGACGCCGACGUAUUGAGACUCGCAUGCCCAUUCAGGCAUCGGAGUUAUUCUCCAUGAAUAUCUGUAAUCUUCUUGAGGACCUUGGUGGUGGCAGCAACUUCCGUAUCAACAUGGAUGACGAAGUCAUUAAAGGAUUGGUCGCAGUCUACCAAGGGCGCAGUGUGUGGCAGCCUCCUCAACCCGCACCGGUUUCAAGGGCCCCCAUAGGGGCAGAUUUACCACCUCCAUCCACUGUUAGCACAGCCUCACACAAGUCUAGCGGUGCACUAGGGCAUGCACUCGCUUCGGAUGCUUUCUUCGCCAUGUGCCUGGUUGUCGCUGCCGCUUUUGUUGGACUGCUCGGCAUCGUCUUAGACCCGCUGGAGCUGAAGCAUCUGACACUGCUCGCCUUGUCCCUCAUUGUGGGCUACUAUUGCGUCUGGGCUGUCACUCCUGCGUUUCAUACGCCAUUGAUGUCUGUAACGAAUGCGCUUUCCGGAGUUAUCGUCAUCGGCUGUAUGCUUGAGUACGGAACUGCCAGGAUCUCUGGUUUGACGUCCCUAGCUCUCAUGGGAACAUUCCUUGCUUCCGUUAACAUUGCUGGUGGAUUCUUUGUCACACACCGCAUGCUGAAGAUGUUUCAGAUAUGA